AUGGCAAACGGAGUUGCAAAAGGCAAGAAGUUGAAAAGAUCUAUGGAAGAUGACAAUGAAUUAAGAUCAGUCAAAAGGAAAACGACGCAUGGCAUUCGAGAAAAAGGAAACGAACAAAUUGAUAUCGUUUCUCUCUUGAUGAAGAUGCCAGACUUAAAGUUCGUUCUAAAUAUCUUAAAACUCAAGGAAGGAAAUCCGAUGUGCUCCUGUACGGGCUGUAGAAUCGGAAGUCAUAGAGAGCGUCAUAAGGCAAUGUCCUAUGCAACAGUCCGUCUUGAGCAGAAUUUUUCUGGUAAAACUCUUUUUGAGAACCCAAGAUGCAGAUUUUGCGCGGAUACAUCGAGUUGCCCUCUUCAGUCUCAGAAUAUAAAAUUUACAGAGCCCCCCGCGAACGGAAAUGGCGAAAAAGUUAACGAAGAAGAAAAGAACGAAGUGGAAGCAUCCAAGAAGGCCGUCACAAGAGAUGAGAAGCUAUAG